GUUUAUCCAAGGUCUAACCUUGAUUGCAAGCGCUCGAUCGAGCUCUGCAAAAACUUGAGUUUUUCUCAUUAAAUUCUGUACAAUUUAAAGUUUUUCAUGCUAAAAUAAAGUGGUAAAACUGUUAUCUCUUGCAUGGAGGAAGUUUUGCGCAAUUUCUGCAGGAAAUACCAAUUAGAAAGAAUGCUCUUUGUCUCGAGGAGCUUCUAAGAUUGAUACCCAACGUCUUUCUUGCCAUAGGAUAGUGUGGUACGUUAAGUCAAGUGAAUGUGGGAGGUGUAAAAUGUUGAGAAGUUUCGUAGCGGGACGACAACUUCUGGGUAGCUGUGGAAGUGUCUUUUUUGGACCAGCUACGAAGUUUACAGUGAUAUCAACUUCCUGUACACGCAUUGCGUCUCGCAUAGUUAGCAGUCGGCCGCACCUGAAUAGCUGUCAGAGUCAGAAUGUGGCAGAAAAGAAAAAAGAACUCCCGGAGAGAUUCUGGAGUGACAUGAAGUUUAGGAUGUCUCCGUACGUGCGGCUCAUGAGGAUAGAUCGUCCAAUUGGAUCUUGGUUGCUGUUCUGGCCAUGUGCAUGGGGAAUUGGCCUAGCAACAGCUCCCGGAUGCUGGGCUGAUCCAUGGCUUCUGGCUCUUUUUGGCACAGGAGCUUUUAUAAUGAGGGGUGCCGGGUGUACAAUAAACGAUAUGUGGGAUAGGGAUAUUGAUGCCAAAGUUGAGAGGACAAAGGGUCGUCCUCUGGUCAGUGGAGAAAUCUCCCAAACGGACGCUCUAGCAUGUCUGGCAGUCCAAUUGGGCAUAGGAUGUAUGAUCCUACAGAACCUCAAUUGGUACUCUGUUGUCCUGGGCGCCAGUUCCCUGGGAUUAGUGGUGCUCUACCCUCUCGCAAAACGUGUAACUUACUGGCCACAGCUAGUCCUGGGAAUGACAUUCAAUUGGGGCGCCUUGCUGGGCUGGAGUGCAACUCAGGGAGUUGUAAAUUGGUCAGCAUGCCUUCCCCUCUAUGCCGCAGGCAUUUGUUGGACAAUUAUCUACGACACCAUCUAUGCCCAUCAGGACAAAGUGGACGAUGCCCUUCUGGGCAUCAAGUCCACAGCACUUCGUUUUGGGGAUAAAACCAAAGUCUGGUUGGCGGGUUUUUCUGUGGCCAUGACCUCUGGACUCACAAUAAGUGGCCUUUUGUGCAACCAAUCCUGGCCAUACUUUGCCUCAGUUGCUCUAGUCACGGCUCAUGUGGCCCAUCAAAUAGCCACGUUGAACAUCAACAAUCCUCAGGACUGUGCCAGGAAGUUCAUCUCGAAUCAUCAAGUGGGAUUGCUACUCUUCGUGGGCAUCCUCCUGGGCACUCUGAUGCAGAGUCCCGAAAAGAAGCAGGUACCAAAACCACAGAUUAUUCACGAGAAGCAGCUGGCCAUUCAGUAAUCCUCGAUCAAUGAAGACCGACUAAGAGGAUGAAAAUGACUUGAUCCUCGCCAUACGAAAUGGUAAGCUAACUUUAAGUAGAUUUUUAUGGAAGUAAUGGCAGAAGAUUGUUCUGCCACGUGAUUUAAACCAAUAUUUUGAAGGAUGAUUGAAUUUAUUGAUUAAGGUAUUUUGAGACAAAAAAAACUGUAUCUUCUGUACUGGUAGAGAAUGAAUAAAAGUAGUUAAAGUGUGUGCUUAAAAA